GCGCAGCGGCUGCUGCCCGAGACCACAGAAAUCCUUCUUUGAGACGCUCAUCAGGAGCCUGAUCAUCCUGUGCGUGGCGAUAGCUGUGGUCUUGUCGUCCAUCUCCGUCUGCGAUGGGCGCUGGCUCUUUGCGAAGGGACAGCUCUUUGGACUGUGGCACUUCUGCACCGUUGGCAACGACAGCAUCCUGAAGUGUGUCACCGACCUCAGCCUGGCCCAGGUGGAGGGCCUGAGCGUGGGGGUGAUCCCUAUAAGAAGCAUGGUGUCCUUUGCUGUUGUGGUUGCUAUAUUUGGCCUGGAGCUGAUGAUGGUGUCCCAAGUCUGCGAUGAUGCCAAUGCGAGGCGGAAAUGGGCCAUGGGCUCAGUUCUCAUCCUCAUCUCGUUUUUGCUGUCGGCCACUGGGGUUCUGAGCUUCUCCGUCCUUGUGAAGGAUCACCUCAGCUUCACAGGUUUCACGCUGACAUACUGGUGUGAGUUCGUUGCUGCCUUUCUCUUCUUCCUUAACGGGAUCAGCGGACUUCACAUCAACAGCCUCACACACCCCAGGAACAGGCUAGGCAAAAUCUAG